GGCGCUUCAGUCGAUGGUCAUCCUCCGUAAGUGACGGGUCGUUUCGUUUUCUUGUCUCUCUUCCUCACGAUAGUUGUCCCUUUUUUAACUUUUCAUUUCGCAGGACAUUUUAUCAAGGAUCAUCCUGAACGAGAAAACCUUCCCUCGAAAGUUUAUCUCGCGUACACGUGACUCUGAUCGAAAACGAGUAAGAAAUAAAUAAAAAAAUAAAUAAAUAAAUAAAUAAAUAUUAGUGUCGAGUCCCAGUGUUUUAAUUACAGUGUUGAUUAUGAUGCGCGAUCGACGGCUUUAAUUUUUCUAUAGUUACAUCCUGUCACGAGUCAAACUUCACGGGAAUUUUGCGGCUGGAUUAUGAACAUUCAGGAUCUCUCGGCGAAGAAAGCCGAAGUCUAUUGAAUCCGUGACAUUUCACGACUGGGACUUGACUGCGCAGUUAGACGGGCAAAAUGAACGGACCAGUCUAUGCGUCCUCUUGUCCUGCACUACAAUCGAAUCUUUCUUUACAUAGUUCAUCGUACUAUAGCGAAUAUAGUGGCACAACCAGAAGACGAUUGUCAUCGACCGGUGAGGCCGAUACUUCCGCUACUUCCAGCUACGAAGGAAGCGACAGCUCCGAAAACAGCGACGAAUCACGAUUGGAUCCGGUCAGCCAAAUGGAACGCGAACAAUUGGAGACGUUCUUUCGUGGACUCAAGUCACAGGUAUUCGUAUGCGAAUCACUGGCAAACUUGUAUCUUGGUAGCGCCUCGCAAACUGAAAGGUGGGAACUUCGAUUCACCGGAAUACCGGUUGUCGUCCUCGAUCUUGGAGAAACACGAUCAAGAUCUAAAAGACGUAUUCAGAUUUUGUUAGCCGAGCGAGGCACUUGCUUCACAUUGUGGCGAGAAACUAUCGAUAAUCUUUCAUCCUAUAAGGUAUCGGGACCAGCAUUUCACACAAUGUGUCUCUCAUCGGACCACACACGUUUGGCUGGAUUAAGCUUCGACAAUCCGAAAGCAGCGAACGAUUUGUGGCAACACAUAGAACGACUGGUCUCGUGUCCAGAGAACAUAAGUCUCUCUGUGCCAGGUAAAAAGAAAAAGAAGGUGCCGCAGAAGAAGGUCGUCCUACCAGCGAAGAGCAACAUAAGCCAGCCGUGCCAAUUCCAGCACGUGACGAGUGUCGAUGCUGCCGAUCGAUCGCGAUAUUUCUCCCUUCAAACGUUGGUGCCAGCCUUGAGCGAACUAGAGAACUCCCUCGAGGCAAGUUUCUGAGUCACGGACAACCUCGCGAAAUCCUCGUAGUUUCACUUCACCUCUUCACCUUAUAUCGAAUCGAAUCUUCUUUCUUUUUUUCUUUUCUUUUCUUUCCUUUUCUUUCCUUUUCUUUUCUUUUCUUUUCUUUUCUUUUUGUCUCUUUUUU